AUGUCUUCCUUGACGCCACGUCGCACUCGCAAAGCUCAACUCGCAUCUUCUGGCCUAGGAUCUCACUUUGUAAGCCCAAGGAAGGCUCGAGACAAACGGAAAACUCAAACAUAUGUUGAGCUUCCUGGCGCAGAGACUAAGCGCCGCCGACUUUUGGACGCAAUGGAACGACUUUUGAAGCCGCAACACGAGGAAUCACACCCACAGUUGUUGGCACAAGCACCACCAUCUGAUACUGUGACUACGGAACACAUGGAUACUGACAAUCUUGUUGUCAGCGAAUUUCACUCUGAUGAACAGCCAUCUCUUGAGAUCUCAGUAUCGCCUGUCAAACGGCGGAUUGUGCCCGACAAAUCCACCAAUUCACUCUACAAAAACUGGAUUGCACUCAUACCAACCCUUGUUGAUCCAGGCAAAGCACUGGAAAAUAUACAUCCAGUCAUAUCUGCAUGUGGGAAGCCUUCGUGUACACCGAAACGGACGACAAUGAUGUGUUUAUUCUUCGACCGGUUCACAUCUAUAGAUGUACUAAGUUGUACCUGCUCCACUCUCCAGCAAGUCCUCGUUCACCAUGGUCUAUUUCCGACCGUGCCUUCACAGCCUCGAAUGGCUGUAUCUGUUGACCUGCUCUCAUUCUACCGCGCAUUGUUUGAGCGCUCAUGUGACGCGAUUAAUGCUCUCGCAUCAGCGCUCAAAAAUCACUACUCCCGGCGGGGUUACCAGAUGACUGACGCCCAGGGCGAAGUUAUACAGGACCCAUUCCGACGAGGCCUCGGCUAUGCCGUGCAAUGGUACGACAUCCUGCAAGUUGAAGUUGAGCGCCAAGUUGAGACGGUCGUUCAACAACACCGUGAUCGUAUUCUUCAUGGUAGAUCUACAGAUGAGGGAGGUGACAUUCAUGUCGCAAUGGACGGUAAUUUCCAUCACCGUCAUCGACGUGCUGCUGGAGACUGUCCAAAGUUCUAUGACCCUACUUAUUUUCUCCCGAAAACCUUUGUUGACACGAUUGGGCGCCAUAUUGACACUCAACGUAAGCGACCAGUGAGGUCUCACGUUCCCCUUGUCCCUGAUGAAGCCGUUGACCAAUGCGAGAAUGCUUACGAGGCUGCUGACGGCAAAAAACAGAAAGCGGCAAUGGAUAGCUUCAACGACACUGGAAUCAUGGCCCUUAUCUGUCGUCACGACAUCCCUUUAUUUUUUGCCAACAUAGACUCACCUGGAGAACAGCAAAAGUAUUCGGUAGCCUUACUUCAGCACUUCUUUUCACUUCUCCCCCCCGAAGCUACUGUCGUAGCUCUUUAUGAUGUCGGCUGUGUUUUGGCACGAACACUCUCCAAGCAUGAAAUUCUUCCCAAAAGCAUCACCUCACGCCUUCGAUUUGCAACCACUGCCAUGCACGCAUAUGGGCACGAGUGGGCUUGCCAGCUCGUAUAUAACCCACGAAUAUGUGUGGGUCUUGGCUUAUCUGAUGGUGAAGGGACCGAACGCCUCUGGUCUCGCUUAGUUCGAUUGAUAGGUGUUGAGCGCACUUCUAGUCGCCAACGCCGUUUAUGGUUGAUUGAUCGGCAAGCAGUGGCUAUAGCUUCGGAGAUGCGAACUGAUCUAGGCGACUGGAUCAAACGACGCCUCAGACGGGGCAUCAAGGGGCAAGGUUCAGCAGCCCAAGACGCACUAGAUCAAUGUGAGGUCUCCAUUGAAGAAUUGCAAGCCGAGUGGUCGCAGCAAAGGCAAUCUCAGUUAUCUAUCCGUGCUCAUGCACCCGCCCGCCUCAAGAAGGAGUUGGACACAGUCUUAGCUCUCCAGGCAGAUCUGGACGCCUCAGACAAAGCAUUGCAAACCACCAGGACGAUGUUGGAGAAAGAUAUGGCUUCAGAUGAUACACUAGAGGCUCUCGAAAGUCUAGAGAGGGGACACGAUCGCCUGAUGAACAAGGUCGAGGCUCUUUACUCCUCAUUGAACGUUCAUGACAGAUUUCCUGAGCUUCAUGGCAUCAAUCUCGAAUUUGUUCGCAUCCUUCUCAUGGCACGCGAUCUCAAAAUGAACGUUCGUAAACGUGCGAUUGCGAGUUUCUUCGAGUGGGAUAAAUUAGAUCGAGCAGUCGGUGGCGCUCAGCAAGCGUUAGGCACCAAGCUGCAUCAACAGACACGUAAAGCAAUUUCCAAGCGUCAGCCCGCACUAAUGACCGCUAUCAGGAAAUUUAACUCCUACUGUGAGCGGCUUGAUUCAUUGUAUGAUACAUCCUGGGGGAUUCCACUGCCCGCACCCCUUCCCACCAAACUUGCAGAACUACGUUCUGACCCAGGACUGAUGGAGGAUGUGUGGAUUACACCGUCUCAUGGAGAGGUUCCGCGGUGGUUAGACGACACAUCUACAAGAGAUGGCAUUCGUGCACUUCUCAAGCGUGAUCGGUGUCGAGAGGAGCAGGUUCGGCUAGGUGUUGAGGCCGAUAACCUGUGCCGCUUCUUCGGAAAUGAGUUGGGGGCACUUGAACUUGCCCUUCGGUCGCCAAACAGUGAACCAUUCGCAGUUCUAUUGCAACAACGGCAUGCCAAUUUUAUCUGCCUUCAAACACGAUGGUCAAAUUGCUUGGCUUCUUCGGUACGCUUUACUAAUGAAGUCAGCAAGGCAGUAGCCAUUGCGACCACCCUCUCGGGAGGCUCACCAAACAUGGCACUUCAUUGGAUUAAUGCCAGCAUGCUGGUAGUGUCUGAUUCUGAAGGUUGUGAUGAACUCCCUAUCGUCGAUCCUGACCAUUGCCCCCAAGUCGACUCUGAACAAGCAGCUCUGGCCGAUGUCCUGGAGGGUGAGAUGGGGGCAAUUGAGUUAGAUGACGAUGACUCAACAAAUUACGGGCGCGAUGCUAAUGCUGUGAUUUGCUGGAACCUUCCUGAGGUACGAAUCUCCUUGUGGAUGACUUCUGCUGUCCCAUCGCAAGAGCCAGGUGUCCUCGACCCUGCUAAAAUUUUCGCGCGAAUACGACCUUCGCAUGACGGAAUCCCUCGUCUAGAGUUUGAUCCAAAAGAAAUCGGUAUACUCAGUUCUCCUACUGCAUGCCUCAAUGAUACAUGCAUUAACAACUGCGCCAUUCUCCUGUGGUGCUCUCAACUGAACACCUCCGCUGCACGGUGUGCGAUACUCUCCACUCACGAUCUUCCCCGCAUUCGUUACAAUGCCCCAGACGACAACAUCUGGCGCCAUACAAUGUGGAUUCGUUAUUGGGAAAAAGACAUAUGGGUUCUUCCGAUUCAUCGUCCAUCAGGGAUUGGACACUGGGUGAUGUGCGUCAUCCAGUUGUCGACCAAAGAACUUUACCUGUUUGACAGCAUGGGCGACAGGACCCCUUGGCAAAGUGACGUCAAAGAUAUAAUGAGACUGAUUGCUCGGUUCCUUGCAGUUGCGCGUCAACACGGCCAUCAUGUUCAUAUUGAUCUUGCAGGGUGGGUGGCUCGACCACUGAAUACCAAACGUCUUCAGAAUAACGACUUCGAUUGUGGCGUGUGGGUAUUGGCUGCAAUAUUCGCUGUUAUACGUGGCAGCCGUGUUACAGGCCUACAUGAGCAGGACAUGGGCAAUCUGCGAUGCUAUGUGCGGAGUAUGGUGCUUGCAUUACCAGCUCUCUCGAGUUACACAUUCGGCCAUGACCUUGUGUCUUGUGCAUGCCUGCAAGCUGCUAACACGAGCAUUGAGCUCAUCCCAACCUAUAGGAAUCGGGAAGGGAGAGGGUUGAAUAUUGGAUUAGGGAAGACGCCUGAAGAGCAUGCAGAUCCCCAGAUCUGA